AUGAACUCGUUUAAGGGGCAAGUGUGCAUUGUUUGGCAUGGUUGUGCUAUUUUAAACUCGCCGUUAUUCUACAUAAAUCAGCAGCCGUUUAAACGAGCCUCAUCGCCCUUCAGUUCGACGCCGCUGCCAGUGUCUGGGCUGGCCAAAAUUAAGCUUGACGCCUCGUCGAUGAGUCUUAAGCUCCGGAGAUCCUCAACGUACUCCGAGGCGGUAGCGCCGUCGCUGCCGCCGUUGCCAUCGCCCACUUACUACCUCAAUUAUUCUUACUGUUGUUUCGGCGCAAGGCAGCUGCUGGUGCUGUUUUUCACCGCUGCCGCUAACCCGAGGGCCGUUAAAAGUUUGCUCUAA